AUGCCGGUCCCGGUGCUCCUGGCGCUGUGCGUCGCCCUUACGGACGCCCUGACCGCCUUCCCCCCGAAGUUUCUGGUGGGGAACCUGAACAAGGACGUGGUGGUGAAAUGCAACACCUGGAAGCCGCGGGUGACCUGGACGCAGAACGGGGAGCCGGAGCCCAUGGCUGAGCUCGUGGCCGAGGGACAGACUCUCACCAUCAUCGGCUUGGACCUGCCGGCCACCGGCAACUACAGCUGCUGGGAUGGCGGCGUCCUGCUGGACAGCAUCUACGUGGUGGUCGGGGACAGCGUACGGGGAUGGGGAAGACCGUGCUGCUGCCUGCAGGACAGAGGACGCACGCGGGCAGGGCUGUGCGGGGCGGUUUGGGGAAGGGGCACACAGCUCAGCCCCGCAGACCCCAACCCUUUGUCCCCGGUCCUGUCAGGAGAGGAGGGCAGGGACGCCUCCUGCCAGGCCGACUCCUACCGCGGCUCCUUCCGCUGCUCCUGGACGGGGCCCCGCUCCGCCGUCUUCCGCGCCCGCCUCACACACAGGUGGGUAUCGCAGCCCCCAGCCCGGCCCCGCGGGCUCCCCACGCUCACGCUGCCUUCCUGCACAGCGACGGCUCCGUCGGGGACUGGGUGCCAGCAGCGGGGCACGGCGGGCAGUUCAACGCCACCUUCACGGACCCCUCCUUCUGCCCCUUCGCAGAGGAGCUGCGCCCGCUGCAGCUGCGCUUCGAGGGGAUCUCGGACACCUCCUUCCUCAACUUCUCCAUCCAUUUCUUUGUCCGUGAUAUCGGUGAGCUCAGCCCACGGACGGCCCCGGGGUGGGGGUCAGGGUGCCGGGAAGCCCGGCGGGCCGCAGCCCCACGCUGAGCCCCGCUGUGCUCUGCUGCCCGCAGUGCGGCCCGACCCCCCGCAGGCGCUGACCGCGCAGCUCCAGGAGGGGCGGCUCCACCUGGCCUGGGCCCCCCCGGCCUCCUGGCCGCUCCCCAAGUCCUACUUCGCCCUCCUCUACUGGCUGCAGUACGAGCUCCCCAACGGCACCAAGGUAACGGGGCCCGCACCCCCACUGCCCCCCACCCGCACCGCUGUGCGCUCAGCCUCCCUCUGCCCACACGACCAAAACCUCCCCCCGCCUCUCCCUCAGCGCAGCAGCAUCGUUAGGAGCAGUUGCUUGGUGACCCCCGGGGCGUGGGGAGGAGGGAGGUUGGGAAGUUGUCGCUCCCAGCUGUCACCUCUGCUUCCCCCCAGCACUGCCUAAGUGAGGCAGCAUCACUGCCUGGGACGGGGAAGAACUGCAGCUCCCCACUGCU